AGUUAUUUUAUCAUAAUUAAAAAAUAAUAUGAGCACCAGUAAAAACCGCUACAUGCAUUAUUCUUUGAUAUUUCUUUAUAUUUGAGAAGAAUAUUGAUGAAAUAAGCUCUGGUAGAUAAAAAUAACCUUGUCAAUCCAUCAUGUCUGAAUACUGGAAGUCUCAACCUAGAAAGUUCUGUGAUUUCUGCAAAUGUUGGAUUACAGACAAUAAACCAAGUAUAGACUUUCAUGAGAAAGGGAAAAGGCACAAAGAAGCUGUCAAACAGAAAAUUGAUCAGUUAAUGAAGAAGGGUGUAGCAGAUGAAAAAAAGAGACAGAAAGAAAAUGACUACAUGCAGCGUAUGGAAAAGGCUGCUCUGGAGGCUUUCAAGAGAGAUAUAGAAGAAAAUCCAGAACUUGCGAAGCAAUACAAAGUUAAACAACCAGAAGUGUUUGAAGGUCCACAGUUGCCGGAAGGUUUCGUUCCUUCAAAGAGUUCGGAAGAAGAUGGAGAGAAGGAAGGAAGUACAGAAGAAACAGAGAAACAAGAGGAAUGGUAUGAGGCUAUGUCAGAAAUGGGAUACCCUUAUUACUGGAAUACAGUCACUGGAGAGUCAGUAUGGGUUGCACCAGAGAAGUAUGUGUCCCUGGCAGAUCAGGGUCUUGAACCUGCACCUUCCAGUCAAAAUCAGGAAGAAAAUGUUCAAGAAAAAGAGCCAGAACCAAAGACUGUAGAAGAGAUACCUCUGCCCCCAGGGAUUGAGUCAAUACCCCUGCCAGGGGAGGCAGAACCUCCAUCCCCACCUUCACCAGAGGAGAGCGAAUCUGAGGAUGAAGAAGAGGGGAAACAAGACCGUAGUUCUCGAGGAGUGUAUGGUGUGUGGGCACGUGUUCAGAAAGAAACAGCACAAGAGGAGGUAGAUCUGCAAUUACCUAAAACUGAAAGUUAUGCAGAGACAAUAGCUAUACCAAUACCUGUGGAAGAAAAAGUGAAAUUUAAAGAAAAGAAAGUGACUUCUCUAGGUUCAAACAAAGGUGGACCUGUGGCGUUCAAAAAAAGAAAGCUUGCUAGUGGUGCGAGAAAUGUCCGCAGACGUGAUGAUGAAGACAACUGAAAAUCUAUUUAGAAAUAAGGUUUAAAUGUAACACAAGUGUUCCGGCCCAUGGAAUGAAAUACAUAUGAGCCGUGCCAUGAGAAAAUCAACAUAAUGGGUUUGCGACCAGCAUGGAUCCAGACCAGCCUGCGCAUCCGCGCAGUCUGGUCAGGAUCCAUGCUGUUCGCUUACAGUUUCUCUAAUUCCAAUAGGCUUUAAAAGCGAACAGCAUGGAUCCUGACCAGACUGCGCGGAUGCGCAGGCUGGUCUGGAUCCAUGCUGGUCGCAAACCCACUAUGUUGGUUUUCGCAUGGCACGGCUCAUAUAAUUUAUGCAAGUAAUGAUAUACAGAUGAACUGGUGAAAAGGUGAUUCUGGAGUUAUUUGAGAGGCUUUAAUUUAUUGAUGAAAGAAUGAAAGCCAAGUAUGGUAUACAUGUAAAUGGGUAAAAAAAAGCAUUGCAUUGAAUUAAUUAGAGAGAUAGUUUGCAAAUGCUGUAGCAAAUUACUUCAAACAUUUUAUUCUUACAGUUUCAUAGCUGUUUUAUACAAAUCCUCAAGUUUGAAAAAUACCUUUUCUUUGGAAUUUUUUUGGAGAACUUUGAUAAUACACCCUUAGAAGACAGUACUCAGUCUGUUAUAUUGACAAAAUAUACAUAAUUAAUAACGUGUUAUUUAUGUGUGCUAUAUCAUAUUUCACUGCAAUUUUUAAUGAAUUUUUAUUGCAUUAUGCAUAAAGUAUGUUUUAGCAGAUUACUAAUGUCUGCUAUUUGAUACUGUCAGUUGAUACGCAGGUUUGAAUUGGUAAUGGACUAUUGAUGCAUUCAAGUAUGGUCUAAGGGCUUGUAUUGCAUAGAAGGACUAGGAGAGUACUCAUACAUUUUUGUUAUCUAUUGAAUAUUUAAAGUUUACAAUCUGUGAAAUACAGUACAACUCAACGAGACCACCUAGGGAAAGGCCAGCAAAACUGUCUUUUAAUACAGGAUUUGUUCUUUAAUAAAAUAAAAAGGAAUGGAAAAAGUUGUCUCAUAAUGCAGUUGAUUUUUCUUAAUAGAAAGGAUCUCUUGAGCAUGUUCGACUUGUAGGAGCUUGGGAUCCUGAACGAAGAUUUUUCGGCCUUGUCCGACCUUUUGUAUUGCUGAAAGAUGUCUAUCUGAGUUUGUGAGUAAUUAUUUUAAAGUUUAGAUUAUGGAAUCUUUGGAUCAUAUUGGUAAAGGUCAUAAGAUCCUGCAAUACAGUAAGGUUGGACAUGGCUGAAAAAUCUGCAUUCCCGAUCCAGAGCUCCUGUGGUUUGACUGUAUUUGUAAUUAUUUUAAAUUCAUAUGAACAGCCGUUUCUUACGUAUUUAUCAAUCCCUAGACAUUUUAUACAAAAAAAAAAUAUGAAGUAUGUAAUCACUGAAACAUGAAUGCGAUUCAACGUUAAAAUGGUAUAAAAGAAGAUAGAAGUGUAAGAUUUACGUACACCAUUGAGACCAGUAUGUAUUGUAUUGCAAAAACAGCUCUAAUAUUUAUAGAUCAUUUUGUUACCUUUGUAUUGUAACGAGUUUAUUUUGUUCUUUCAAUGACUAUGAAGCAAAAUAAAUAAAUCAGAAACAAAACCAUGCA